CUUAUAUUUCUGCAUCCCAAACCUGGAACCGACUUUCUGGUCAAUAGAAAAUAAUAAGUAAUACCACGAGAGUGUGCAAGAAACAAUCCUUCCCCAGAAUCCCGUCCACUCGUUCUCAUAACCACAACUGUAACCUUUAUUUUUUUUUUUUGCGUGAACCAAAAUCCAUUCACAAUGCGUUUCCUCAUCCCUCUAUCCACGGCUCUUUUCGCCAUCUCGGCGACUGCCCUUCCCGCAAACCACAUCCUCUCGGCCCGCGACGGAUGCGAUGCCAACGCGCAAGCACACUGCUGCGAGACGAUCGCCAACACCGAUGACACGAACGUCGCUUCGACUCUGAGCAAGAUUGGCGUCAGCCCCGAAGAGGCCAAAGGUCCUGUUGGAUUGACUUGCACACCAAUCACUACGCUCGGCGAGGUCGUCGAUAUGGGCACCCGAUGCAACUCCAACGCUGUGUGCUGUUCGAAUAACACAUACAAUGGACUCAUUAACUUUGGCUGCAUUCCAAUCAAUCUGAACAUUCUGUGAUUGCCCGUUCGAAUAGGGGGAGUUCUAUGUGGAUAUAUCAUAUCUUUGUUGUGCAUAUCUGGUUUGAUGCGGGGGGUAUACAUAUUAUCAUCUGAGUGGUAUAUUAUUUCUUUUGAAAAGUAAUAUAUUCAU